CUGCAGGGCAGUGUAAUCACCUGGGCCCCGACGUAAGCUGGAGUUGGAGGAGCCAGACACCAUGACCCAUGACGUAAUCUACCAUUAAGAUUCAAAAUUAUUCUUUCUCGACCUUGAAAUGGGGCAGAAAGUGUGGACGAGUUUUAGAAGGACGGCGUUGGAUUUCAGUUCAAAGACCUUGAGAGGUAUUAUUAUAUGGCUAUACGAUAACAGCCUCGCCUUCUAUAGUAAUAAGGGCCAGAGGCGAUGAUAAAUAUUCCUUCGACCCUCCUCACUGUGCUCCUCCUCUUUGGCUUACCCACUCACUGCCGCCGCGUUCAGAAUGCUGUUGUGCAGUCACGAUGACUUGACUGCCAGUCCGCACUCAAAAGUUUCAAGUCACUACUAUUAUUGUUGCCGUCUGAGUGUCGUUCAUCCAUGAAUUUAGUUCGAAAGGGACCAUUACCUAAAUCACGAUGGCCGAUGCAGUUCAGCAAUCACGCUUCAAGCUGACAUCCACAUCAGUGCCAAAGACUCGCCUAGGAUUGUCCCUCGCCGAACGGAUUAAAGUGAUUGAAGCUCGAGAAAUGGGAAAAUCAAUGCGGCAGUUGGCCACUCAAUUUGGAUGUGGCAAAACUCAAAUUCUCAACACUUUGACGCAAAAGGAUAGAUACAUUCACGAAUGGGAAGUUAUGGGUCGCAAUAAUCCUUCAAUUGGUGCCCGCAAGCGCUUUCGACAUUCACGUAAUGAACAGAUAAACCGGUCUGUCCAUGAUUGGUAUCAGCAGCAGACAGCCAGUGGUCUCCGAGUCACGGGGCCCAUGCUGCAAAAGCAAGCCAGGCAUUAUGCAACUCUCUUGGAAAUCUCAAACUUCGGAGCAAGCAAUGGUUGGCUAGCUAAUUUCCGAAGAUUUUAUAACAUCAUCAGUAGCUCUCCACAUCCAAGAAAACAGAAUCUUAGCAUCACUUUCCAUCAAUAUCACCCCAAUGAUAAAAGCAAGGAUUGCACUAACCAAGCAACCAGCUCAUCAAAUUAUCAUCAGCAUGAGUUUGUAACGGUAGUGCCAGAGCAUGAAACGAGUGAUAGAACUUCUUCCAGGUUUCUUAAAACUGCUGAAGUCGAUCCUCUAGUAGAUGCAAGCCUACCACAGGCACAACAACCUUUGGAAUUAACUUGCAACAACAUUAGACAGUGUAGAUCUAAAACAACAAAUCAUCAUCUGCUUAAUCCAAUAAUGUAUUCUAUUCCAUCCCCAAAUUCAACAUCACCGGAAGAAUGUUCAGGGAAAGAAGAGACCAUUCCGCAACGUGAUAAACAUGUGAGCUCGUCACCGACUAUCAACCAUCGGAAGCGCCGUCUUCUUCAGUUGCACGAGGCUGAUCGAAUCGCAGUUUCCUCAAAAGAAAUCAUACCUGAAAUUUCCAAUGAUGAAGUACAAAUACUAAAAGAAAGGAGAAUACCGAAAUUAGUGCCCAUUAUGCCAGCAGCAGAUUACCUAACGGAAUUUGCAAAUCUUGCUCGUGCAAAAGGUUUACUCACGUUAACUUUGAAAGACGAUUGCGGUCAAGACUGGGUGGAGAUUCGACAGUCAGUCGCAUUCUACCGAGUCCCGAAACACGGUUACCCCACACACUUAACCCGGUUGAUUGUCAACUCUAGUCUCCAAUACUUCCUUGAAGUGCUUGGCCAUUGCAUUCGAAAUGGAUCUCUUCGUUACAAUGACAACAGCUACGGUCUCAAUUAUCAAGAAGCCACGUCGAUUUUAAGUGCUGUUAACGGAGAGUACAUUGUCUGUGCGGGAGUCGAAUCUAUUUCACAUAGAACGGCUGGUGACUCAAACAUGAAAAGCGUACAGGAUUUCGGAAAUCUAAAAAAUAUGUACUUGACUCUGCCGGAUAACAAGUUCAGAUCAAACGAGUGCGCCAAGUGGAUUGAUUAUCGUUUUGGACCAAAAUGCUCAGCAUGCGAACAAGCGGCGGUUGAAUUUUCUUCUGUUCCAAUGGAUUUGCGCCGCAUGCCAUCACAAAAUUACAAGUAAAAUUAAUUUAGUUGUAGUUGUUGCCAUAAAGUUGUUACAUUUUUAUUGUAUUUGGGCAUUGCUGCAUUAGAUGUAGUAGUGGUGGUUUAGUUUUUGGAACUAUUGUUGAAUUUUUUAUGGAAAAUGCAUUUAUACUGUCAUCUGCGGUAAUUGUUAUGAUAUUCAGAUAUUUCGUGGUUUUAUACCUACAUUUACUGUUUUUCUACAUUGUUUGAUUUGCAUUUCUUAUAUCACAGAGGAAGUGGUGUUUCUUGUCACCCUUUUCAUGUUACGAUACUGUUCCAUUUCAUCAGCUCAAUAAAAUGCAAUGUUCAACCUUUAACGGAAACUAUGAUUGAAAAAUUUUAAAAGGUCAGCCAACAGGUUCGCCACAAAACCAGCAGUCGAUAGCUCAAAUAUGCUAAGGGUGCUGAGAACUUCAUGAAAUCUUAAAGCUAACCUGCACCACGUCCGAUAAACUUCAGCGGCUCGUUUCACACAGAACGUCCAAGUACAACAGCGCAAUGAUGAAUUAGAAUUGAUACAUUGGAUUCUUUCUUACUUAGAUCCUCAAAGGCCCAAAGUCCGAAAAGAUGACGCCGCUAUAUUUACCUUUCUGAAAUCAAACAUUAGACUGAAGUUGGAUGAGUGAAAAUGAUGCCGAUAUGUGAAAACCCCAUGUUUAAAUCUUUAGCGUUAUGUUAUAAAUGAUUUGCGUAAGAAUGAAUGGUUCACAAUUUAAAAUAUGUGUUUCCAUAUCCAUACCUUUACUUAGGGAAAGAAAAGCGAAAUCGUAAAGAUGGUGAAAAUAAAGUUGAAUAUUGUUGACUGGUUUUGCCAUCCAGCAUUCAAGCUACUAACAACUUAGCUGAAGGUUGUGUUAGGACUGAGGAAUGUGUGGAAACAUUUCUAAGUAUAGCCAUCGAAUCCUGGCAUUCCCAUCCUUAGGAAUAGUCGGCUAAAUUCGAUGAUAAUCGUCCGUGGAUUGCUAAGGGCUGUCACUAGGUGGCUAAAUAUUUCAGUGUGUUUAGGGAUUGAACUAUUCGACCCUAGUGCGUCAAAGCCCUGACUGCAGACUCCUGUCUUUUCUUUCCAGACGGUGUCCGAGAACGUUGGGCGAGGCAUUGCGAGGUAAUUGUGUUCCUGAAAGUGUUCGUCAGAAAAAUGUAACAUGUUCAUCAACGUGUACAAUCCCAUCAUCAUGUGUCCUGCUGUAUAAUUUCCUAAAAUGUCGUCACUUGCUUUACGUUGCACGUUUCGUCACAAGAUGAGGUAUUUCCACGCCAUUCGUCUUCGAUCAAGCUGAACCGAAAGUGAACUAAUAUAAAGCAACAUAUCGAAGAUCGUGCCUUUAUCCACGUGGUCACUGCCGUGUCAUGAAGAAGUUGAGAGGGUCUCUUCUUUAUUGCAAGACAAAUGUGAUGAAAAGAAGAAAUCUGAGAAGACAGCAUUUAUGGAAAGAUAUGUCAGUUUGUAAUCGAUCAGAAGAGACAUUCCCUCUAACUUUUAAAAGUGUGAUGUAAACUGUAGCCUUAGCCAGAAAAUGUUAAUUUUUCGUGUUUGGUUUUCCAAAUUUCUUAUUCAGUCGAGAUGCACUUGGCUUCUGCAGACAUUUACUUGAGCCAAUACUUGCUAGAAUAAUAAUCUGUCUGAUGUAUAGAUAAAGUAUCUAUUAAAUAAUCUGGACAUGUGGGCUUAAACUGUU